AUGCGCGGCGCUGAGCUGCUGCUCGCUUACGUCCUCGCCAAAGUGACCCUGCGCCACGCGGAAGGCCAAGGGGAGCGCCUGGCGGACGACUUGGUGCUGGUGAGCGGAUACAACGAGUCUGCGGAGUCCACGACGAGCAGCGUGACGGAGAGCCCGCACACGGAGGACAAAUGCCGCGGCUACUACGACGUGAUGGGCCAGUGGGACCCGCCGUUCGUGUGCCAGACGGGCAACUACCUGUACUGCUGCGGCACGUGUGGCUUCAGGUUCUGCUGCGCCUUCCGCAGCUCCCGGCUGGACCAGACCAACUGUAAGAACUACGACACGCCGCCGUGGAUGAUGACCGGCAGACCGCCGUCCAAAGUGGACGUGGCGCAGGACUCGGCCAAGGACAAGACCAACAUGAUCGUGUAUGUCAUCUGCGGUUUAGUGGCCAUCGUGGCGCUUAUCGGCAUCUUUACCAAGCUCGGGCUGGAGAAGACGCAGCGGCUGAACCGCGACAACAUGCCACGGACUUUGGCACAUGUGAUCCGUCAUCCUGCCUCGGAACAUACAGAUGAGAUGAGCCUGGGCCUACACUAUGAGAAUAUGCAGACAAGAGUCGCUAUUAACAGUCUCCACAGCCACCAGAUGAACAACGCGACACCGGCACCGCUUCUGCUAACCGAGCCGUACGCACUGCUGGAUCAGAUCAGCAGCCCCUACGAGCCGCAGACGCCGGUCAAGGACCUCAACAAGUAUGCCACCCUCAAAGCUGUUGCAGAAAAAGCUAACGACAGCUUCUACACCAACCGCCGCCAAGUACUGAGCGGAAUGACAGCGAAGGGCAGCCUUCCAAUGGAGCAUGUGGACACGGAGCCGGAACCCAGCAACCCCUAUAGCCCGCCCAGACAGAUGUCAACCAAGCAGAGCGGACGCAGGCACAAGAGCCCGAGGAGCCACAGCUCCCAGUCGUUAUCCUUUGGCUCUUUUUCCAGCCCGGCCACGCCGAGGCCGUGGGAGAGCACCGACGUGCUGGGGCUGAGGCAGUGCUACGGCCCCACCAAACUCUGCGUCGUGGAGAGGGAACUUCAGAACAUUCGCUACCUGCCCCCGCAGCCCUAUUUUGUCACCAACAGCAAGACGGAAGUGACAGUAUGAGGGAAGAACACCAGGUGGCGCAAGUACAGGAAGUGCUUAUGUAAAAUGUGACUGGGUUGUUUGAAUGUGCAGUUGUGUGGAUGUCAGGGGUAGAAUUCAAGACAAAAGGUUCAAUUCAAAUGAGUGUUAUCCAACAACAAUACCAAAUCACAAAUGCUAAUUAAACCAUUUACACAAAACUCUAGGCACUAUUUAUUUACUUAUUUUCUAAUGUAUUAUGCUAUUUAUUAUUAUAUGCCAAUUGUCAUAGGAUACAAAUAGCUGAAUCACCACAACUUGUUGACGAUGACAAUUCCAACACAGACCUCCAAUAAGGCCAAACUAUAGUGGUGCCUUGAGAUACAAGUGAAAUUCGUUUAAUGACCAUGCUCAUAACUCAAAACACUCAUAUCUAAAAUCACCUUUCCCCAUUGAAAUGAAUGGAAAUGCCAUUAAUCUAUUCAAGCCUCCACCAAAAAACAACAAACGUUAUGUAAUGUCUUUUUAAAACAAAAACAGCACUCUAUAAUAUUGUACUUCAUAAAAACAUACGGUAUUGACACAAUCCAACAGAAUGAAACAGGUUUUGCCACAUUUUCUGUAUGAAUUCAGUGGAGAUUGUGCUCCUCCUUCUGGUGUGUAUGCCUCUGCCUUGGCCACCUGGGGGCAGUAUUACGCAAACAUACAGAGAAACUGUCACUCCUCAGUAAGCCGCAGUAAUAUUUAUUAGCUGUUCUUUGCAGAGGAUAAAGAAUAUAUGCCUGACAGUAUUGUUAAAUUAUCUGUCAAUGUGUUUCUCCAUCGCUUGUGUUCAAAUAUCUGUCACUUCAAGGGUUCUAAAAUCUGACACUGAUGCUAUUCGUUAGCCCGUCUAUGAUAUUUUGCAUUGUUUGUUUGUAUUAAGAUAAAAAAAAAACUUUCCUAUGGCAUAGCCUCAAUGUGGUUGUUUGUAAUUCUCUGUUUUAUGUUUAGUUUGACAGUGAACUUCAAAUGGGAGUGGCAUUAAACAGCUUGAAAAUAUCGGCCAUGCUGCUGCUUGUUGUCAAGUGAGUUGAGUUCACUGCCACCAUGCAGCGCUCGCAUCUCUAUUUUUUUGCUCGCAAGUCAAACCAAAGUACUCGCCGAGUGAGGGUUUGUAUUUUGAAAAAAUUCUUAAGUCUCUCAAGGCACCACUGUAUUGUAUUUUCAUAAAUUCUAAGACCACAAACACUAAGGGCAGAAAUGACACAGACUGUUAUGCUUAUUGCAUCGCAAGUAAGCACACAUACAGUAUCUAAAAGACACACCAUUGUGUUUAUUUUUACACAAUUGGUCAAAUCACAUCAAUAUGAAGUGUGUUCGCUCUGUUUAAGGCCGGGGUCACAUUUUUCAAGUCAACAAGUCAAUACUAUUGAAUUCUGUGUGCACGCAUUGUUACACUAUACAUUGUUGCUCGGACAAAAGAGGGUGUCAUUGCUGUUAUUAUGAUGAAGAACACCGUAUUCAAAGUUUACUAUUUCAUGGUUGUUGGCAUAUUAAAAAUUUACAUUAUACCUGUUUAUUGCACUCUAUUUGUACCAGAUUGUUCUAAUAAAUGUCAUUUGCAGUGCAAAGGUUGAUAUCACAUAUUCUAUAAUAAUCCUAGGAAAAAAGCCUUUACUGUUGUUGGACUAUUUAUAGAUUAUAGUUGCUUGACUUUUGACGAUAUGGACUGGAUAAUCAACAAAAACAAGCUUUUUAGGUUAGAUGACAAGUAAGGCAUCAUUUUUGGGAAUUAUUUAAAAUCAUUUAAAAUCAAAAGGUUACUUACGUUAACAAAUUACCACAUAGGUAGUUGACAAAUUUACAGUAAGAUGGACCACAUAUGCCAGCAGCAUGUAAUAUUAUAAAAUGGAAAUACAUUCCAAAUUAUUUGAAUUUGUGGUGGAUUGUAAAAAAGGGAAAAUAUUUUUAAUUUGCACCUCACAUUGUUCUAUAUUGUGACUUUGUCUUUUAAUGUGUUCCACCAGUAAAAAAAAA